GUAUGCCGUUCACAGAUGGCGACAUAUCCCGCCUACAUCCACAUGAUCUCCUCCACUGCUUUGGUGGCUAUGUCUGGCAAUGAGAUUUGUGGUCUUGUGGCGACCUACAUGGGAACCAAGCGAACUCAAGAGUUGAUCCCGCACUUGCGAAGCCGCUGCUUGCCCAGCUUCUUGCUGGCGCUGAUGUUUGGCUGGUUGGCUGUGGUGGAGUACUUCUUCGCACGUCCUGGCAUGACUUUGGCCCAUGUCCAUACCAACGCCGAUGGGAUGACCGUCAUGGGAAGGCCGGUCUACACUUUGCGCUACAUCGAGUGGUGCAUCAACGUGCCGAUCCUGUUCCUAUUGUCAGGCCACUGCAGCUUGGGCCGGCCCGUGAAGGAAAUCUCAAGGCCCUUGAUGGUGACGAAUGUGUACAUCAUUUUUUCAUGGAUGGCCACUGUCACAGAGUCAGCUUUGCUGAAGUGGACCUUGAUCAUGGCAGCCUUCUUCAUGUAUGGCUGGGCCAGCUUGGAUAUGAUGGGCUGGAGUCGUGAAUUUGAACGGACCGCGCCACAAGAUCUCCCAAGCCGCAGUGUACGACCAUGGCUCUCGAAUGGUCUCAUCAUCCACUUCCAGUUCUUUGCCGCCUGCUACAUGGCCAGUUGUUUGGGCAUCAUUGAUGCCAAGACCGAACAAGUGGGUUAUUUCAUCGUGACCUUCGGAGCCAAGAUCGCCUACUGUGCCACCUUUGUGUUCAUCCGUGCCGAUGAAUACCACAAGACCUUGACAGAUGUCUUGCAGAAGGUGAGCGUGUCCAAUGUGGGGAUGAUCUCCAUCUUGCGCUGCAGCUUUGACAUCAUUGUCCCUUGCGUCAUGGACGCGGCAGGUCGUUGCAAGUUGCCCCUUCAGGUCUCAGGAGACAUGCUAAAGCUUGAAAAGAUGCUCGGCUGCCCGGUGGCCGGUGCCAAUUUGAAGGACUUGUUGGCACAAGAGAAGGAUCGCACCGACUUCUCCGAGUACGUCCGCAACGUGGUGCGCCAGGCGGACUGCCCGCAAGCCUUCUCGGAGGCGACCUUGACCACUUCGGGUGUGUGGAGCUGUGGCGCGGGUGUCACGCCUCCCAUGGCGCAGGUCUUGCACAGCAAAGUGCGUGCAGGGUCCGCCCAGUUCCGUGCCACCAUACAUUUGUCGGUGGUGCCACGUUCGGCCAUGAGCAAUUGCAAGGAGCGUAACCUGGUGGCAGCGAUUCAAUUCGAAGAGUUGGAGGACCAAGCUGAUCCGGACCUUGAUACCGCAGAGGCCUCCGGAUAUGAGACGUUCAAGGACCAACGACAGACUUCAGCAGGUCAAUCCACAAAUGUCUCCUCCGACGGGGGUAUUGUUGCUAAUCUUCAAGACCUCCAGAAGCUUGGAGCUACCCUUCGGGCAGACGACUUUGAGGAAGAUGAUGCCUCGGCCUACUGGGGUCAGACCAGGAGCGAUGAAACCAUGUCCCACCUGGGUGCUUUUGUGUCCGACCACAGCUUCGAUGCCCGCAUUUGUGGACUUUGGGAGGGGAAGACCAGUGAGACCUUGGGCGGCUACACGCAGCAAAUCGAGUUCGAGAUGGACUGCCGCAGUGCCAAGGUCACUGUGCUGGGCCAGACGUUGAAUGCUCGUUUCUCCAUGAACUGCUCGGUGGAGCCCAAGCAGUUGAACAUCCAAGUGAUUCCCACCAGUGGCACGGUGCCACCCAUGAUCCCUUACAUUUUCAAGUUUGCUGACGAUGGCUCGCUUUAUUUGUCCGGUCCGGCUGACAGCAGCAUGCGCCGUGCUACCAGCUUCGGAGGCAGUGGACUUUGCAUCAUGCAGCGCGUCGAUCAGACUGAGAAUCAUGAGAACGUUGAGAAGACUUCAGUGCGUUCGGGACUGCCGCCUUCCAAGCUGCAACCGCUCUUCGAGCCGGACCCGGAAUUCCGCACCGAAGCGCCAGCCGUCGCCGUGGCCGCCCGAAAGGUUCCGGUGGAACAGGUUCCGGUGCCAGUGGGACCCAAGAGCCAUUGGAUGCAGGAGCCGUUGCAUGAAAGCCGGGAGACGAAUUGCCGACUGGACGAUCUUCCAGGAGCCUGCUGUUGCGGCAUCCUUGGCACUGGCCCUGACCAGCACGCUGAUUGCUUUGAAGAAGUCCAUGUGAAGUGCAAAUCCAGCAGAUCGACUACAGUAGAUCUAAACGCAGACUGGGACUGAUACCCUGCGACGGAAGCCCACGUGGAUCCCCAAAACUGCUUGUGAAAACAGGUGUUUUUUGAAUUCAUCCAAUUUGAGGGUCCAUGUCAUAUUUUUCGAGAGGGUAUGCGACGGUAUCUCACAGGUUUCGGCACACAUGCACGCAAACAAACGCGGACAGACGCUCAGAGUUGGCUUGCAGAUAGAUGGCCUCAACCCAUGAUGAAGCGACUGUAUAGCAAACAUUGCC